GGCGGGGCCGGGGAGCGUCCCGCGGCGGCCGGAGCCCUGGGCGCUGUCCUGCGCGUCCCGCGGUCCCGGAGCGUGGCCGCCUCUCCCCACCAUGCUCCUGCUGCUGGGGCUGUGCCUGGGGCUGCCCCUCUGCGCGGGGGCGCAGGGGGAGGCGCGGAGCUGGGGCGACACUUCGGAGCAAGUUGGACUGAGGGUCCCGAGGCAAGUGCGGCUCUUGCAGAGGCUGAAAACCAAGCCUUUGAUGACGGAAUUCUCGGUGAAGUCCACCAUCAUUUCUCGUUACGCCUUCACCACGGUUUCCUGCAGGAUGCUCAACAGAGCCUCGGAGGACCAGGAAGUUGAGUUUCAGAUGCAAAUUCCGGCGGCCGCUUUCAUCACCAACUUCACGAUGGAGAAGGGGACUGAGGUGUUCAGAGCCUCUUCGGUGAUUCCCAGCAAGGACAAAGCCGCCUUCUUCCUGAGUUACGAAGAGCUUCUGCAGAGGCGCCUUGGGAAAUACGAGCACGUGGUCAGCGUGCGGCCCCAGCAGCUGGCCGGGAGGCUGUCGGUGGAGGUGAACAUUCUGGAACCGUCCGGCAUCGCAUCGUUGCAGGUGCUGCCCCUGCACAACAGCCGGCAGAAGGGCAGCGGGCGAGGGGAAGAUGAUUCUGGACCUCCUCCUUCUACCGUUAUCAACCAAAACGAGACUUUUGCCAAAAUAGUUUUUAAGCCCAGUGUGGUACAACAAGCCAAGAUUGCCCAGAAUGGGAUUUUGGGAGACUUCAUCAUUCGAUACGACGUCAACAGGGGACAGGGCAUUGGGGACAUCCAGGUGCUGAAUGGCUAUUUUGUGCACUACUUUGCUCCUAAAGACCUUCCUCCUUUGCCCAAGAACGUGGUGUUUGUGCUUGACAGCAGCGCCUCCAUGGUGGGGACCAAACUCCGGCAGACCAAGGACGCGCUCUUCACGAUUCUCCAUGACCUCCGACCCCAGGACCGUUUCAGCAUCAUUGGAUUCUCCAGCCGGAUCAAAGUGUGGAAGGACCACUUGAUACCAGUCACCCCAGACAAUGUCAGGGAUGGCAAAAUCUACAUUCACCACCUGUCCCCCACUGGAGGCACAGACAUCAACGGGGCCCUGCAGAGGGCCAUCGCGCUGCUCAACAACUACGUGGCCCAGGAUGACGCUGAGGACCGGAGCGUGUCCCUCAUCAUCUUCCUGACAGACGGGAAGCCCACCGUGGGCGAGACCCACACCCUCACGAUCCUCAACAACACCCGGGAGGCGGCCCGGGGUCGGAUCUGCAUCUUCACCGUCGGCAUCGGCAACGACGUGGACUUCCGACUGCUGGAGAAACUGUCGCUGGAGAACUGCGGCCUCACGCGGCGCGUGCACGAGGAGGAGGACGCGGGCUCGCAGCUCAUCGGGUUCUACGACGAGAUCAGGACUCCUCUCCUGUCCAACAUCCGCGUGGAUUACCCGGCCAGCGCGGUGGAGCACGCCACCAAAACCCUGUUCCCCAACUACUUCAACGGCUCGGAGAUCGUCGUCGCCGGGCAGCUAGUGGACAGGCAGCUGGGUCAGUUGCACGUGGAGGUCACCGCCAGCAACAGCAAGAAAUUCGUCAUACUGAAGACGGACGUGCCCGUGGGGCCCCAGAAGGUGGGGGGUGACCCCCCUGGGAGCCCUGGGCCCAGAGGUGACAGUGAGGAGGACCCCAACCCCCUGGAGCGCCUCUGGAGCUACCUUACGGUGAAGGAGCUGCUGAGCUCGUGGCUGCAGAGUAACGACGGGCGGGAGAAGGAGCGGCUGCGGCAGAGGGCCCAGGCCCUGGCCGUGAGCCGGCGCUUCCUCAUGCCCUUCACCGCCAUGAAGCUGAAGAAGCCGGGCCCUCCCUCGGGCAGCCUGGAGGAGGCCCACGGCGUGGCAGCUGCCGUGGGACCCGAACCGGUGUUGCAGAGCUUGCGAGGCGCCGGCACGCCGCCAGGACCUGCGCUGGAGAAACCAUCCGAGCCAAGAAUUAAAAUCUCCAAAACAUCAGUGGAUGGAGACCCCCAUUUCGUGGUGGACUUCCCCCUGAGCAAACUCACCGUCUGCUUUAACAUCGACGGGCAGCCCGGGGACAUCCUGAGACUGGUCUCGGAUCACGUGGACUCCGGCGUGACAGUGAACGGAGAGUUAAUCGGGGCCCCCGCUCCUCCCAACGGCCACAAGAAACAGCGCACGUACUUCAGCACCAUCACCAUCCUCGUCAACAAGCCCGAGAGGUCGUACCUCGAGAUCACACCCAACAGAGUCAUCCUGGACGGGGGGGACAGGCUGGUCCUGCCCUGCAACCGGAGCGUGGCGGUGGGGAGUCGGGGGCUGGAGGUGUCGGUGUCCGCCAACGCCAACGUCACCGUCACCAUCCAGGGCUCCAUUGCCUUCGUCAUCCUCAUUCACCUCUACAAGAAGCCGGCGCCCUUCCAGCGCAACCACCUGGGCUUCUACAUCUCCAGCAGCAAGGGCCUUUCUGGCAACUGCCACGGACUGUUAGGUCAGUUCCUGAAUCAGGAGGCCGAACUCACGGCGGAGCCGGGCAGGAACCUCACUCGCCCUGCAUCCUCGCAGGCGGCGGAGCCCUCGGAGGCCGUCCUCAAGGUGAAAGGGCACCGGGUCCCCGUGGUCUGGAAACAGCGGAAGAUUUACAACGGGGAGGAGCAGGUGGACUGCUGGUUUGCCAGGAACAGCGCUGCCAAGCUGAUCGACGGCGAGUACCGAGACUACCUGGCCUCUCACCCGUUCGACACAGACAUGACGCUUGGCCCGGGAAUGCCCGAGGGACUGCGAGGCUGGCAGCCUUAAUGACGAGAGUGCGUGGCAGGCGGGUGGUCUGGGGGACGCGGUGGUGCAGCUCCUCUUGGGGCCUGUGUGCCGUGUGCGCCUCCACUCUAGGCAGGUCGCUGCCCCCCGCGGCCCGCACUGGGUGGAGAGUAGGCCCCCCGCCUGCCUGAGCAGAGGGAGGGGCGGGACACCCGAGGGCCGACGUCACGCCCUUCUACUCGCUCUUCCGCCUCCUGCACCCUCCCUUCAGCAGCAGAGAAACACGGUAGCCCUGCGGGGAGAAAGGUCAUAGUUAAAAGCAAGAAAGUCUGUUUCUUGUGCCAACCGGCUUGUCUGUCCCACGGCCCGCUGUAAGGCCACACCCGCUGGUGAAGGAAGGCUGCCACAAAACGCGUUUUCUCCGUGGAAGUGGCCAACCUCGGGCAGUGUGCUGUUUGCCGUGUGCUAACGCUUAGGAAUCCUCCUUUCAGUACCGUGCGCUCCCCAGCCGUGCGGCCAACCUCUGCCGCAGAGGAAGCUCCCGUCGAAGCCAGGCCACCGGUCAUGCAAACGGCGCAUAAAUUCGAUCAUCGUAAGCAAUUAAGUCUUUUCUUAGGAGAGGGUUUUCUUCUGCUGUGGUAUCUUGCCCUUAAAAUUAGUUUUCAUUUGCAAAAUUAAUUGAACAUAGAAAAAUGGACAUUCCAGGUACUGGUCUCUCUCUAAUGGGCUUUGUAAACCACUUGACUUUGGGUAUUCUCCAGUUUAUUCCCAUAAGCCAAGUGCUCUUAAUAAACAGGACACCCGUGUGGAUGGCUUUUACUGGCCCGGCUCGGUGCUGGACAGUCUGCCUGUGGAGUGACGAAUCUUUUACUUGGAGCUCUUCGGCCUUUGUCAAAAUUCCUAGACCUUUGUGGCUCGUGGUCCUCCAGGAGGUGACGAAUCACAUGUGCACAGCACUGGGACGGCGGCAGAGCCAGCGCAGGGCACGUCCAUCAGCGUACCCACAGCGGGAGGAACGUACGUGCUUAGAAAAGUCGAAAAGGCUUCCCUCAUCUCAGAUGGGCAAAAACCAGGAAAUCCAUGGCAACAGGGACUUUGAUUCCAAAACUUGUACAAACGUGAUCCACUAAGGAAAAGGUUAAAACCAGCGAAGGUCACCCUUCUCAUUCUAAACACCCCCUGUAAAGUCCGGUUAUAUCAUCAAAGGCCAAUGCCCCGAGCCUCCAUCCCCACCCCCCUUAGAGGUUUUCGAUUUUCUUUCUGCUCCGUCUUCUCAGGGCCUGGUCAGGAAGCGGAUGGCUGCAGGGAAACUUGGGCCAAAGAGCGGAGAACGAAAGACUGUGCUCAGAGAAAGAGGCUGUUUUGAUGGGGGCCAGAAGUAAAGGCUUGGGGGCCGGCCUCGCAAGCGGCUUCGUCCCCUGGGCACGACGCCAGGGCAGCCCCCGCGUGAGCGGUGCAGGCGUGCUCAGCGCUUAGAGAGCCGAGUUAGGAAAAUUGUUUACCACGUUCACCUUCCCGGGGGAAGCAUUCCGGCAGCGGAACGGCAUCCGCAUGGUCCUGUCGGCCCCGGCGGCUUUGGCAGCGAGUUUGGGCUGGGAGACUUGGCUGUCCUGUCCCACGUCCAAGACUCAUCACUUUGGGAACCCACCCGCCCAGGGCCUGUCUGCUCUGCUGUUUAUUUCACUCCCAUCCUCUGAAACUCAGCCGCCCGUCUUCAUGCCAGAGGUGCCAGGACCGCCGGGCCAUGCCGCUGCCAGAUGCUUCCAUAGUGCAGAGCCCAGAGGCAGAGCGGGAGCAGGAGCCAGGGCCGGCCGAGCCCGGCCAGCUUCCCCGGGGCCGUCCCAUUAUGUAAACCCCAGCUGGGCAGACAGUCCCGGCCGAGAGGCCCAGGCCACCGUGCAGUGCUUGGAGCGGCGAUCUGUUGUUGCAGGUGUAGCUUUCAACGCUGCCGAGACGGGGGUGUUACUUGGCAAGACCGGUUCCCGCUGCGUCUGCUGCCGCCUCGUCCAAGAGCAGAGAAAGACACUCCAGUGAGAUACCCAUGGCUGGCACUCCUGUUCAGAAAAACAUAAAUCAAAAAGUGUCAAAGUUGAGGUUUUU